CGCCUGCGUCUCUGACGCUGCGGAUGUAAACACUGCUCGGUUCACGCGGCGGGGAAAAACCGGGUAAACCCGACUAUGCCUCCGAAGCUGAAGCGGUUCGUCAGUCCGGGAAAAGGUAACGGUCUGCGGGCGACAGUCCGGAUCCGGAGAGGAGAGCUGGUGUACUCCGCCGAGCCGCUGGCGUGCUGCGUGUCCAACAAACUGGCCAGAGACGUCUGCCACCACUGCUUCUCACGACGUGAGAACUUGUUGCGGUGUUCCCAGUGCAAGAUGGCUCGCUACUGCAAUACCACAUGCCAGAAACAAGCAUGGUGCGGCCAUAAGACAGAGUGUAAAUGUCUGAAAAGCCUCCGACCCAGAGUUCCCACUGACUCAGUCCGUCUGGCUGCUCGACUCAUCUUUGCCUUGUUAAGUCCUUCUAAGAGCAGUAGUGAGGAGCUCUACACUUUGGAGGAGCAUGAAUCACACCUGAGUUCCAUGUCUGAGAACAAGAAACAAGGCUUGUCUCAGCUGGCCUCCAUGCUGGAGCUGUAUGUACAACAGGAAGUACCUGACCUGGCGCAGGAAGGGGCGUCAGCACUGCCACCUUCCUGCCGGGAUCCCCUCAGCCUGAUUGCAAAGGUCACAUGUAAUUGUUUCACUAUCAGUGACGGAGAGCUGCAAGAGAUUGGAGUUGGGCUGUAUCCUAGUUUAUCUCUGCUGAACCAUGACUGUUGGCCAAACUGUGUGAUGGUGUUUGUGGGAACGAAACUGCAGCUCAGGGCUGUUCGGGAUAUCAACCCUGAAGAGGAGCUGACUAUAAGUUACAUUGAGACGUUGUCGUCCACAGAGGAGCGUCGGAGACAGCUGGAGGACCAAUACCAUUUCACAUGCCGCUGCCAGCAUUGUGACUCUCAAGACAAAGACGGACUCAUGUUGUCGGGGCACAAAUCCACAUGGGACCCGCUGAAGGAGGCUCUGCCCAGACUGGAAGGACUGAAAGCAGAGUCGGAUUGGCAAGCGUUACUGGAGGGCUGCAGUCAUCUCUUAUCCACUGUCGGUUGUGACGUGUCCGAUGAGAAUGUGUAUAAACUGAGAAUGACUGACAUGGCUGCAGAUGCUUGCAUUCACUUGGGCCACUGGGAGGAGGCUGUGGGAUACGGAGAGAAAACACUUCCAGUAUACAGCCAAUACUACCCGGAUCCUCAUCCCGUCCACGGGGUCCAGCUGGUGAGAGUCGCAAAGCUGCAACAUUACCUGGAACGUAUUGAGGACGCUUUGGACACAUUCAAACAGGCCUAUCGGAUCAUAAAGCUCACCCACGGGGACGAUCACCCCAUGACCGCCCAGCUACUGAUGAAGAUGGAGGAAUGUCGCGCUGAGAUGGUUCAGUUCAACAGUCGCUGAGACGCAGCCGCAAAGGCUAAAACAAAGAAAAAAUAGGACUGGACGUUUCUGUUAUAUGAUGUUGUUUAUCAGAAAUCUUGUCCAAACUGAGUGAAAUUUUUUAAGGUUCUUUCUACCCAGAAUAACGAAAAGUCAGAAUUAAAGCAGAUGUGUGAUGCUGUACAGCGGUGCUUUGAACUGUAAGGCUGAUGGGCGUACAGGCAGUUAGUCAGGCAUAGCAUCCCAUAAUGAGCUACCAACCACUGAUUAAUUCCUCUGCACAUAAAGAUGUAUAAAAACA